AUGCGAAAAGAUGUUAGUCGCCCUCAUAAAUGUUCAUUGAUGUGUUACUUACUAGACGAUGAUGGUAGUUUAUCUUCUUUGAAUGGAACGACCGAAAAGGGUUUGUUGGCUUCGUCUAUGACAGCAGAUGAUAAAUUCAUUGAAAUAAAUGAAACAGGGGAGAAAUGUAUUAAACGAUUCUUCGCUUUGAAGAGACAUUAA